AUGGUGCAGCUAGACACCGCAACCUACCCGGGAUGCCGCCUGCUGCUGCUACUGAUGCUGAGUCUGCCGACCCCCGUCACCCCCACGUCUGCAGGUCGGGCGCUGCUGCUGUCGCGAGUUCAAGAUGCCGUUGCCAUAGUGAUAACGACACGCAAUGAAACGCAGGUGCGUCUUCUCACGGGCACACCAGACGGGCUGUUCUCUCACCUGGCCACGUCCACUUCCGGGUUAAAGUAUCAGGACCUAGCGAGGGCGCUCAUUACGUCAAACGAGUGGGUGGCGAUCGACAGCGACUACGACGACAACCUGUACUACGUCAUCGACAGGCGGGCCAGAAGCAUUACAGCAAUCUCAGCUUCGUCAGGCGGGUCCUACGUGGUCUACUCUGGAAUCUCCAGCAAGGCCGCUGACCAGGGUGGACAUGGUGGCGACAGCAAACUGGAGCGUUCGGAUCUGUCGGGGGACAACCGUGUUGAGCUGUUCUGGGGCCUCCACAGUCCCUCUGCCGUAACCCUGGACCACUCCUCCCACAGGGUCUACUGGUUGACCCAGACUGGUGACACGUCCGUGGUCGAGUCAUGCGAUUUCGAGGGUCAAGACCGCUACAGCGCUGUGAUGCUGACCGGAAGUGAGGUCACGGCCUUGACCGCAUGGCGGGGGCUUCUGGUCAUGGCGGACAUCAACCACCAGCAAGUCAUGCUGCACAGUCUGACGACCAACAUCACGAGGCGCCUGUGGCCUGGCAGUGUCACCAGCUUGACCGUCUUUGCCCAGCGCUGCCAGACUCCGGACACUUCCGUCACCGGCGGAGGUGAUGGAGCGAAAGACCUGGUGGAAGAGGGAUUCCUGCUGCUGGCCUCGGAACAGGGUGGCGUGUCCAUCUUGGAGAAGACUCUCGCCACCCGGCGAUCUCCCUCGGCAGCGGCCACCCGACACAUUCUUGCUCAGCACAGCGUCACUGCCAUGGCCGCCGACGUGGGGCAGGGCCUGCUGUACUUCUUCGAUCGGCGACAGGGCGUAGGCCAUCAUGUGGCUGAACCUGGGCUUCUUGAGGCCUGGCGCCGGCGGAUGGGGUUCGGAGCCCAAGGCGAGGAUCCUGACAAGGGUGGCGGUAGCUCUAAAGCCCGUUUUGAGAGAGGUUUAAAAUAUUUUUGUUGCAUCAUUGACUACCGGGAGGCAGGGCUGGCUGUUGACUGGCUAGGCAAGGCCGUGUACUGGAGUGACACGCGGCUGCAGCGACUGGCUGCAGUCUCCAUGGACGGGCGGCACGUGCGCUGCCUGACUGGUGUUCUGGGUGGAUGCGGAGGACAGGGACCCACGGGUGGAGAGGGUGCGAAUGGACGGCAGACAGAGGGCGACUGUCGUCAGCGGAGGACUCGUCUACACUCGACCUCGGGCCCUGACCAUCGACUUCAAGGACGACAUGUUGUACUGGAGCGACGGCUCUUACCUGUGCCGCUCUCACGUGGAUGCCAGCGCCUUACCUGGGGUAUGCUCUGCCACCCUGGAGCUCUCGCAACCGGCCGUCAAAUCCCUGGAAAUACUACACGACUAUGUGGUGUGGACGGACUUUGCGGGGAACGUUCAGGUGGCAGACAAGGACGAGGUGCUGUCGACGGCAGCGCCACCUACCAGCAGCAGCAGCAGCAGGAUAGUGAUGGCGGACAGCUUCGCCACAGACCUCCUCUACUUCCACCUACGCGCCAGCCAGAGGAUCCCGCCAACAGGUGCUCAUCACCAGAGGGACGAGGAUGCCAACACUUCUGUCUUCCGGCAGGACCGCGCCCAUGCGCAUGCGCCGUUGGCUACUGGGUUCGUUCAAACGGGUCUUGCGUAUCAGGCUUCGUCAGAGAUCGCUUCCUGCUGGUGACGGAUCCCGUUCUGGGUGGAUUGUACCAACGUUACGCCAGUUUGCCGGACUAUUACGUCAUUCCAGUCGGUCAGUUAGGACAGCCCAGUGACGUCACGUUUGACCAUCGGACGCAGAUGGUGUACUGGGCAGACACAGGUGUGGGCGCCAUCUCAAGGGCAUACCUCAACGGCACCUGGCAGGAGAUCGUGUUUGCACAUCGUGACAUAGUGGCAGAGACCCUGUUCCUGGACCAUCGUCGCCAGCUGUUGUACUUCAUUGACACAACUGGCCACAGGGUGGGACUCAUUUCUCUUGCCACGAUGGCUUUCAGGAUUAUCCUGCAAUCUCCCGACAUCACGUAUCAUGACCUGACUGGUCACGUGACGACAGGGACUCUGUACCUCUCGGGUGUAAGGCUCACGGGUAACAGCUGUUGCCCCGGGGUCAUAGUGCGGAGUAACUGGGACGGAAGUGACGUGUGGGACGAACUGACAGGACUGCAGACGCCUCGUGGAAUGGUGCUCAGCCAAGACGCACUGCUGUGGGUGGAUAGCAGCAACAAGACCCUCAACCUGCUCAACCUGACGACUGGCUCCUCCUCACUUCUCCUCCUCCUGCCAGAGUGGUCUGCCCCUAGGGACCUGGCUGUCCUCGGCAACGUCGCGUACUGGACCGACACCCUGUCACCCUAUCUCUCCAGGGUGCCACUCACCGGAGCAGGUCAUCCAGAAGAACUAAGUGGGUCUGUGCUGUUCCGCCCCAAAGCAAUUACCUCUUACGACAGCCGGGUACACGAAGGAGGAACAUCAGAUGACGUGGACGAGCCGUCAGACGUCCCCCAAGUUCUCGCAUCGUUUCAGCCUGUCAGUAAUGUCAUCAGUGAUGUCAUGACAGAGAAAGGAUUUUGUACUGUUCCCGCUGUCCCAAACGGACGAGUUUUAAACCACAACGAGGGCGCGUAUGUGACAUCAGGGCACGUGAUCCGGGUAGAUUGCUACCCAGGGUACGGUCUGGAGGGGACACGAAUUUCGCGCUUCAGUUCUGAGUGCCGACAAGGAAGCUGGAUUACCCGUCCAGCGUGCACAUGGGCCAUGGCGUAUAGAAUUAGCGAAGCCAGAGAAGGGCGCCGAGGUCACUACGUCGUCUUCACGUCGUCCACGGAGUUCGCGGUGCCGGCGGACGUGACGUACCUGGACGCGCUGGCGAUUGGAGGAGGCGGGGGAGGCAUGUACGCCUGUAGUCGGGUGUUCGGCAACUUGACCAAAGCGGGUGAUGGCGGGGACAGCCGAGUGGGACGAUACCUGCGGGCGGGAGGCGGUCGAGGAGGCUCCACGCGCCAAGGAGGACGUGGUGGCUUUGGCACUGUGUUUUUCGGGGGUCAAGGUCAGAUGAGUUCCAGUUGUCUGGGAGGAGGUGCAGCGGGAGAAACCGAGUUGUCUAGCAACUGCAGCCUGGGUUCAGCCAUGUGUCCCUUUUGUGGAGCAGGAGGGGCCAUCCCAGCCUGCAGCCUGUGUCAGCAUCGUACAGGAGGAUGCCGCGGACGGUGGGCAGUACCUGGUCAGGAGCUGGACGCUGAUCUCUAUGGGGGAGGUGCCACUGGGUGGGCAGGGGGUGGAGGUGGUGGAGGAGGAGGUUACUCACGCAUGACAAUUGAUGUCACACCAGGGGAAAUCAUUCCUGUGACUGUAGGUGCAGGUGGGCAGCCCUCAGUGGGCCGUGCUGGGGGUGGUGUAGUGGUCCUGACAUGGGAUGGCCGCUUAGAACAUGUCCUUCCAUUCCCUGAACACAGUGGUGCGACUUGUCGCGGCUUCACAUGGAGUUCACAGCCAGUGGACGCUCUUGACGACCACUUCCUCUGGUGCAACGGACAUAAUCCUGCUAGGGAACCGUGAUAUGUGGCACCAAUCUUCAGCGGCACUCAGAAAGCAAACAGUUUUUUCAAGAAUAUGAAGCACAAUAGAAGAGAACUAAUGGCUUGAUUUUCACUUCUUUUAAAAAGUGUAUGCCUCAAUACUUUGCCUUCAUGUUAUGGUGGCAGCACAUGUACUUAAAAAAUCUGUGUAUAUAUAUAUACACACACAUAUGUGUGCGCUUGCAUGUUUAGAUUAAUGUUCAGAUUUAUGCUUUUCUGCCCUCUCCCCAUCCACUUUUGCAUAGAUUCAUGGCACACAAGAGGAAAACAUGAUGCAUUAAGGAAAAUGGAAUUUUAUGAACAAUAUAUUCAUAAGAUUUUAUAUAUUUUGUGCCUUUUGAAUUCAGAUUCUUCAAAUAAACUUCUGUAUCACAAAGUCCAAGAAAUUAGAAGAAAACAAAGAAAACUAAAAAAAAAUCAAAAUAAGUACUGUUGGUCCACAC